AUGGCGAUCUCUCCAGCGGUGUGCUGGCUUUUGACUCAGAGCAGCCCCCCUUUUGAGGCGCCUCAAAAGCUUUUGACUCAGAGCAGCCCCCCACCCCUUCUUUUCCGUCCCGCCUCCGCACUCCCCCUCCCGUGCCCCAUCACCCCCCCUCAUCCCACCCAGGUGUUAGUGAGCUACGGAGAUCUCUCCAGUGGUGUGUUGGCGCUUGACUUUGGCUUCACUGUGCCUGACAACCCGCACGACUCUGUGGAGCUGUGUGUGCUUGUAGCCAGCAGCACCACCCCCCACGACACACAGUUCAACGAGGCCAAGAGGCGCCUUCUGGGGGAGGCGCAGCUGCUGCCGUGUGACUCUGCCAGAGGCGCCUGCUUUGUGCUCAAGUGA